ACAAUCUUAAUCACUUUUCAACAACUUUCUACGCGAACACAAUCUUAUUCUCUCUCUUCGUUCAUCCAACAUACAGAAAAUGGAGAACACCGCAUCCAAAAACCGAAACUUUGGAGACAAUGAACAUGAAGACGUCCCUGAUUCCUUUUGUUGUUGCGUUUGUCUGGAUCUAUUAUACAAGCCCAUUGUGCUAUCUUGUGGCCACAUAUGCUGUUUUUGGUGUGUCUAUAAAUCAAUGAAUUGUCUGCGCGAGUCUCAAUGUCCAAUAUGUAGGCAUCAAUAUUAUCACUUCCCAACAGUUUGCCAAACGCUUCAUUUUUUGCUUCUUAAGAUCUAUUCAGUUGCGUACAAUAGAAGGAGCAAUCAAACUCUUGAGGAAGAGAAGAAGUCGGGCUUCUAUUCCCCUCAAUUUGAUCCGGAUACAUGUGAAUCACAAGCUAAAUUUGGUCAUUCAUGUAGCCCUUCUUUCUCCUCUAUGAUAAAUCUUGUGCCUAAUUCCUGCAAUGUGGGAACUUCUGAAUGUACGGAUCAACUAAUGUCUAUUGCCCAUGAGGGAGAAUCUGAAACCAAUGUGACUCCAGUUGAAGGAAAAACAUUGCCUCAGGAUAAACUUAAUAUACAACAGAAAAUAUCAGUUGCAGAUGUGAUGUGUACAAUGUGCAAACAACUGCUUUUUCAUCCCGUAGUUCUUAAUUGUGGUCAUGUAUACUGUGAAACUUGUGUCUACAAGUUAGUUGAUGAUGAGAUGCUUAGAUGUCAAGUUUGUCAAAGUCCACAUCCAAGAGAAUUUCCGAAAGUGUGUUUGGAGUUUGAUCAGUUUUUGGAGGAACAAUUUCCUGAAGAAUAUGCACGGCGAAGGGAUACUAUUGAUUUAAAGGAUAUCAAAGUCAAACCAGAGAUUCCUUGUUCAUUGGAUAACGAUAACAAAGAAGAAAGUAGAGAAUGGUGGUCUGAUCCUGACUCAAAAGUUCACAUUGGAGUUGGUUGUGAUUUUUGUGGGAUGUUUCCUAUCACUGGAGAUAGAUAUAGAUGCGUCGACUGCAAGGAGAAAAUGGGUUUUGAUCUUUGUGGGGAUUGCUACGACACUCGCUCCAAACUUCCUGGCCGAUUUAAUCAACAACACACCUCAGAUCACAGUUUCAAGCUUAUAAAACCUGAUGCUAUCCGUAGGAUUAUCUUGAGUCUGGUCAGUGGAAGGUUAGGGGACAGUUCUAUAGACAGCGAGUCUUUCAGAAACAUAGAAUUCGCAGCCGAAGCCUCUAGGUUGUUUGAUGAUGGAGAAGAUAACCAAAAUGACCCUGAAGCUACAAAUUGAAAUUUUGAACCCAAAAAUAAUGAUGGUCUAUUUACUAGUUUGUUCGGUUUUACUCAACCCAUGAACAGAAUAUUAUAGGAGAGAAGAUAUUGCCUUCAAUUUUCAAGGGUUAAAUGUUUUUGCUCUCUUUAAUUUAUACAUGUUUAUAAAAUAUUCAACAAACAAUCACUUGGUGUACUUGGUUUUUUUAUUGCUAGCGGUAUACCUCCUUGGUAUUAGAUGGUUUGCCUAUAUGUGCUCAAAUACACAUUACCAAAUUUCAAACUACAAGACCAUGUACUAUACCAAUUGGAGUCACAAAGAUGACAAUAUAAUAAAUUAUAGAGUACACUUUUGACAUGAUA